UCGUGGAAAUAUAAGUAUUUUUGCAGAUUUAAUCUGUAAUCACAAAGAAAAGGGUAAUAAUAUGGCAGAAGAACAUGGAUUUCAAGCUCCCGAAGGUCACCGUUUAUGUGCAAAUAACUGCGGUUUUUUUGGGAGCUCUGCAACUCAAAAUCUUUGUUCCAAAUGCUACGGAGACUUCUGCCUGAAAGAAGAUCAGAAAAAGUCUGUAAAGACCGCAGUAGAGAAUUCUCUCUCUGUAUCAGCCUCCUCCGCUGUAUCAUCGGUUGCGCCACCGUAUUCAUCGCCGGUGUCGUUGCAGAAAGCUGCCGGUGAUGGGCUGGUUUCGGCGGCGGAGGAGGUGGUGGUUGUGCAACCGGUGGCGGCGCAGUUGAACCGGUGCUCGGCGUGCAGGAAAAGGGUCGGGUUGACAGGGUUUAGGUGCAGGUGUGGGACCACGUUUUGUGGGACCCAUAGGCACCCAGAGCUUCAUGGGUGUACGUUUGAUUUCAAGGCCAUAGGGAGAGAGGCCAUAGAAAAGGCUAAUCCUGUGGUCAAAGCAGAGAAGUUGGAGAAGAUAUGA